GUGUCGAGGAGGAUUUUUACCGCGGCGGAGCCGGAGCCGGAGCGUCGCUGCCGCCGCCGCCGCCGUCUGUCGGGUCGCGUCCAGCGGGCGUGGAGCAGGGGAGUCGUGAUGGUGCGCGUGGCACCGCCGCCGCCGCCGCCGGUGUUCACGGGCCGCGUUUUUAUCUGUUGAGGACAAAAAAAAAAAAGAGCCGGGACACGAGCGAGUGUGUGAUUUCGCAGAUUAUGUCUGGAUCUGGCUACGUUGCUGCUGCUGCUGCUGUUGCUGCUGCGGGGAAAACUUUAUCAGAAGUGGGGGCGCAGUUACGUUAGCGGCGACAUUAUGGCGGAGCGCAGCGGCUGCGAUGUCAACAUCCUCAGCAUCCCGGUGCCGAUCCGACGCGGCGGCUCCGAGUCCAACCUGGACGUGGUGGACAGCGCCGGACACGCCGGCGUGGGCCUGGACUUCACCAAGGGAGCGCUGGGCAUCGACAGCCUGCAGCAGAAGAUCCUCAAGCUGACGGAGCAGAUGAAGGUGGAGCAGGCGGCUCGGGACCAGAACGUCGCCGAGUACCUGAAGCUGGUGAACAACGCCGACAAGCAGCAGGUGUCGCGGAUCCGCCAGGUGUUCGAGAAGAAGAACCAGAAGUCGGCGCACACCAUCGCCCGGCUGCAGAGGAAGCUGGAGCAGUACCACCGACGCAUGAAGGACAGCGAGACCAACGGGAAGCACAACCACAAAGAUGGCGGCGGCAAGGAGUCGGGGACCCACAGCAAAGAGGGCAGCCUGAAGGACGUCAGCGCCACCGGGCGCCACCCGGCGCUGGACAAAGUGAAGACCAUCGGGCCCGGCGUGUCGCUCUCGCCCCCGUUCUUCUUCAACAAGUCGCGGGAGUUCGCCAACCUCAUCAGGAACAAGUUCGGCAGCGCCGACAACAUCGCCCACCUGAAGAGCUCCAUGGAGACGGGGGCGGGGCUGCAGGUGGAGGGCGGGGCCAGGGGCCUGAGCGGCAGCGCCAACACCGUGGCCAAGCCGUCCAAGUACCAGAGCGACGACGAGUGCUCCACCGCCACGUCCGCCUCCGCCGACUCCAACGGGAACCCGGCGGGGGGGUCCGGGUCCGGGGGCCCGGCCCGGUCCGAGUCCAACGGGCGCCUGGUGGAGGUGCUGGACAUGGUGCGGGAGAUGAGGGAGGCGCAGUCUCAGCUGGCGGAGGACAUGGAGACUCUGAACACGCAGUUCAAACGGGACUACAGCUACUUCACGCAGGUGAUGCAGGAGGAGAGAUACAGGUAUGAGCGUUUGGAGGACCAGCUGAACGACCUGACGGAGCUGCACCAGCACGAGACCAGCAACCUGAAGCAGGAGCUGGCCAGCAUCGAGGAGAAGGUGGCCUACCAGGCCUACGAGAGGGCGCGGGACAUUCAGGAGGUCCUGGAGUCGUGUCAGACGCGCGUGUCGAAGCUGGAGCUGCAGCAGCAGCAGCAGCAGACGGUGCAGCUGGAGAACACGGACGCCAAGGUGCUGCUGGGGAAGUGCAUCAACAUCAUGCUCGCCAUCGUCACCGUCAUCCUGGUGUGCGUCUCCACGGCGGCCAAGUUCGCGGCGCCGCUGCUGCGCAGCCGCCUCCACCUGGCGCUGACGUGCGUGGGCGUGUCGCUGCUGGCGCUGCUGUGGAAGAACUGGGAACACUUGCAGUGCGCUUUGGAGCGGCUGCUCCUCCCGCACUGAACCGUCGCGUCGAAGGACGAGGACGAGGACGAGGACGAGGACGAGGAGCAUCAGCACAUGUAGCCUUACGCCCCCAGAGACGACUCGAUCUGAGGCUCCGUUGCUGCUGCAUGUCGGGAAAAAGUGGGCGCGCACACGAAUCCACCCGGAAAAAAAAACCUCAACAGCACAGAGAUAUAAGCUGAUCCAAGAGACGUGAGACAUUAUAUGUAUUAAAAGAUUAAAACGUGGCACAACGCUGCCAUGACCACACUACAGAGAGACUUUCACGUGGUCACCAGGAGAUCGAGGCUCUCAAUAUAAAAGAGUGGGCUCAUAUAUAUAUAUAUAUAUAUAUAUAUAUAUAUACAUAUAUAUAUGUAUCAGGGCGUGGGAAUCCAGUUGUUUUUAUUUCCCGCCCUUUAAAGGGAAGCGUGUCUUUCUCCAGAGCCGCCUCUCGCCUCUAAACGAACGCUCGCCGUGGCCGUGAAUCGUUUUUUUUUUUUUUUUUUUUUGAACCCACACACAUACAGUACGCCUCCUUGAACACCAGCCAGCUGUGACGAGACACAAAGACAAACGUCCGCCGCCGCCCGCGAAGGGUCGAUCUGUCUCUACUUUUAUGCUGUAUUUACGUGGUUCUUUUCUCUCUUGUCAGCGUCUCGUUCAGAAACAAGUCUUUUUUGUCUUAAUCCGUCUUCAUUGUGCUGCACGCCGGCUUGUUUUUAUGUGUGUGUGGAUGUGUGUGUUUCACAGAGUUCGACAUUUUGGGAAAUUUCAAGAAAUCUAUGGUUAGCAUAGCUUAGCUUAGCUUAGCUUAGCUUAAAAACUGGAAAUAAGGGGGAAACGGCUCAAAAGAACCAAGCAUGUCUCUAAAGCUCUUUAAUAAGACUUAAUUAAAACACAUCCAAGAGGUUUGAAAAGAAAUAUAAACUUUUUGAUCUUAAAGAGCUUCAUGCUAAUUUAAAAUCGUCCAUAUUCGUGAAAAACAACAGCCUUAAAAAAUAUCCACAACCCUCCUCGUCUUGGAUUUAUCAAGAUGUUUGAGUUCAUGUGACGUCAGCUGCUUCCAGGACUUUGUUUCUUUUCUAAAUAAAAACUUUCCGUAUGUCGGCAUGUGAUGUAUCAAGCUGAUUUCACUUCUUCUUUUCUAUUUUAUUUGUUUAAUCCGUGCAAAAAAACUGCAACUGGUGUCUUUGCAGGUUGUUUACUGAGAAAUGUUAAACAAGCUACUUGCGAGGUUGUGGAAACCACCAGGGGGCGCCAGAGUUUACUGGCGAAAACAUGAAUGGCGCCCUCUUGUGGAGAGUUUUCAGAAGUUUGUGAUGUGUUUCUUUUCUGACGUUUUCAGAAGUUAAUGUUUCCUAAGUUCUUUGACAUUUCCCUGAGUUACCCGGUUAUUCACAUGCUAAGUGCUAACUAGCUUUAACGCUGUCUAGACGCUUAAUGCACUUAAGUGUAUUAACGUCAAACAUUUUCUUCUACACGACUUCCCUUACGUCAGCAUUUAUCAGGACUGAGCUACUUCCCUUUGCUUCUUUCUAUGAAGCUAAGCUAAGCUACCUGCUAGCUUAACAACAACAAAAUAAGAAAGAGUGAAUAUUUCCCAAAAUGUCUUUUUAAAAAAAAAAGAAGCUUCUGAACUGCCUCCUGUCUUGUUAAAUGAUUAGUUUGGGGUUUGUUUUUGUCAUGUAAUAUCUGUUUAUGUUGCAUCUUUAAGGAUAAAAAAGGUUUCUUUACACUAAAGACUGCGGCUUUAGCAUCAACCAGCUAAUCUGUACGUUAGCUAAGUGAGAAAAGGAAGGGAGAGAGAAGAGAAGCAGAUUCCUCAAACCACAACAAAUAUGUGCAAAUGCCUUUUGUGCUGCGUUUCAUGUCCGCGUGGGGAAUAAACGGUGAAAAAAAGGUUUACGGCUCCUUUAAAAAGAAGCGUGAACACGACUGAUUAUAACUGCCACACGUUUAUUAUAAUUGCUCAUAAUAAGAAUAAUUCCUUUCAGCCUUUUCACGCUCUCCGAGCUGUGACUCAUUUAAGAGGACGUCUGAAGUCCUGCCCUUAAAUGUUAGGACUUGUGAAUCAUUUUUGGUUCUUUUACUUGAAAUAAAUGUGUCCGUUAUUGCACUAAAAACGCUUAAAAGAAGCUUUUACUGGUAAUAGUGGCUUUUUGUUUGUUUGUUUGUUUGUUUUUCCCCACGUGACAUGAAGACAGCGUCACAGACUGGACAGAAGGACGUGAACUAUGUAGCUGUCGCUCCCUGAGCCCGGAUCACUGUGAUGACGAGGGGCUGAAACGGGACCGAUGCCUUUUUUUAAUGCAGCUUCUACUGUGCGACUGUUUUCUCUUUGUUUCCCUUAGAGUAAAAGCCAAAUAUGGAGACUUUUAAAGAAUUAUUAUUAUUAUUAUUAUUAUUUCCAAAUCGGCUCCAACACUAUUAUUUUUUUUUUCUUUCUUUCUUUCACCGUGUCUCUCUUUCUUCUAUGUGCUUCAGUUUCUGGACGAUAUUUUUUUCAAGAAUAAAUCUUUGUUUUUUUUUUUGUUUUUUUUUUCUAAGAUGGUGCCUUUCAUUCCCAACACUUCAUGUAUUAUGCAGAACAUGAUCCAUCGGGAUGACGCUCGCUGGCAUCAUAAGGAAUUCAUACAUAAAAAUGACUGAGAGCAGCUGUGCAGCGUGAAGAUUUCUGGUUUGAGGCCCUGAAGGAUGUAAAUGAUCUGAUUUUAAUUAUUGGAUGUUUCCCAAAUUUUAUCACCUAAAUUAUGAAAAUAUUACAGGUUCAAGUGAGUUUAUUUGCCACGAAAGUCACAUUAAUUACAGAUGAAUGAAAGCAAGUGGGAUUUUAAGUCACAGAUUCAUUUAAUUAAUGUAAUCAAGGUUUAUUUUUCUUUUUUUUUUAUUGCUGCUCAUAAAAAAACACACAUUUAGA